AUGAAUGGCGACUGGCAUCAUGCCAACGGAGGCGCGCUCCCGUUCAGAAGGCCUCCGCCCACAGUGGAUGAGGCCCUUCCGUAUUCGCCCUUUACCUCCAUCAUCCCCUUCUCGCCCGAAAUCAUACCCUUCCCAACCGCCGAGCCUCCUACGCCACCCUCUACCCUAAACCCCGAGCAACAAAAAGCCGCGAAGAAGGCUGUCGGAAUCUUGAACGCCGAGAUCCAAGGCCAGUCCACCGCCCAGCAUCUGCAUGAUACCCUCAACCAGCUUCGCAACCUCCUACUUCGCGAUAGUCUGCCAGAGUAUCACUUCAAGCCCAUGCCGCAACUACCAACGCCCCCGCCGGACAGUCCCGUCAAGAACACCAACGGAGAUACUCGCAGCGCUAUCUCUGAUCUGAGCCCCUUCGCGCGCAGGCUUUACGACCAGACGGAUGUGGCAUAUACGGCACCGAAUGUCAAAGCACCCGAACAGCCUCGAUCAGAGUCGGCACCUUCCCGAAAAGCUGAACCUCCACAACUGCCGCGCCCAGCGCCCACACCGCCCCAGGCCACCUCCAACGGCCAUGCCUUCACGCAAAACAUAGAUUUACCCUUCUCGUCAAGCGCUCUUUCGUCGGCUCCCAGCAGCACACCAGUGCGGCCUCCUGGUCCGGCCGUUAUGAUAAAGCCAAAAGCGGUUCCACGCGCCGACUACAAGUACAUCGACAACAUCGAGAUUGGAAGCUUGUCACAAAGGAAGGAGGACAACAGAGCCGAGAGCGGCGUUGCAGUCUUGAGACCCCACGAACGAGAGAUCGCUGACGGGAAGAUUGAGAUUCUCAACUCUCUAGUCGCCAGUCUGAGCGAAGACAAAGAUGAUCUUGACGGCUCACUGCACUUCACCAGAAUCCCAACUCCUGACGGCGAGUUCAACGUUCUCAAACCCCGCUCAAUGGAGGCUCUUUCAGAGAAGAUGUCCGGUGUUGUCAGUCUCGGCCGCUUCAAUGCGCUUCCUGUGGACCUUGCCAUGGAGAUACAAUCACUACUACACCCCGCUGUCGUGUGUGCAACUAAGAAUGGGCUCUUUCCACAGGAUGAGACUACCCUGGAGCUUACCGAGAGCAUUACAACAGCCAAGCUCGCGCUCAAGUCAUCCAAGCUCCUGCUGGAAACCAUGAUCGAGGGUCGUGACGACUAUCGGAUGCGACGAGAGGACAUUAUCGAUUCUAUUGUUGAUCUCACGAAGCUAAUCAAGAAUGCCUGCAUUGUGCCUGUCGUUCAAUCUCGGCGGUCUGGGGAGGCUCAAGACCUUUUUACUGCAGCAUCGGCUCAUAGGCCAGAUCUGCAGAUGGUGCUGCGACUGUGUGGAGCAGUCCUUACCCGCUUUGCUACGCUGAUGGGCAAAUACAACCUGCCGGACCGGGCACUCAAUACUUUAGAGUAUCUGACGUUGGAACUGCUCGUUGAGCAGAAUAGCGAGAACGAGAAGGAUUCGGUGUUUAGUAUCAAGAAGUUCGAGCAUUUCCGCCAGAAAGUCAUGGAUGUUCUUGCCCAGAUUUUCGCUCGAUACCCAAGCCAACGGCAUUCGAUUCUAAAUGGUAUUCUAGGCAACCUGGAGAAGCUGCCCGACAAAAAAGCGAGCGCGAGGCAAUUCUUGUCGGCUCGUGAAGUCCCGAUUAUGACGAUAUCUGCACUUUUCAUGCGAUUUGUCCAAGUAGUCGCAACGAAUCCGAGCACUCGUCUUGCGUCACAAGGCGGAGACGCAGCUGGCGGCAUGAUUGAAGACGAUACCAGCGAUUACGAGCCUGGCCAAGCACCUUCGAAAGCCCCAAAGAGAGGCGCCGGCCGGACGCCGGCAGUGAUUGCUCAAGACUUGACGGUGGAAGCUACCAGCACGGCAAUGUAUAUUGUAACCCAACUGUGCGACAAAGCCUCGAAUACUUCCAAAUCAGGCGAUAAGCCAUUCCGCAACCUUCUGGACUUAUUCAUCGACGACUUUUGUAACGUCCUUGGUUCUCCCCAGUGGCCGGCUGCUGUCAUACUUUUGCAGAGCCUCUUGGUUCGUAUGGUCAACAUACUCAAGGACGACUCAGCAAAUAAACACUCUGUGGUCGACAAAGACAUGGCACUCACAACAAUGGCGAGGAUCGGUUGUGGCGUGAUUGAUUUCAGAGACCAACUCAAGAAGAUGAAGCAAAGGCUGGACAUUUCGCAGUCCGAUUUGUCGUCAAGACUAGAUCGUCUUGUGAAUGACGCCAUGAGCGAAGACGUCAAGGAGAGGGUUAAUGAUGUGGAUCUGCUAGCUUUCGAUGGCCCGUACCGCAUGGUUCUCGAAUCACUGGUCGAUUAUCUCGAUUUACGCCCCUCCCAGGAAGACCCGCAUCUGCAGGCAGCGACUGGCUGUCAUAUCAGCUCGUGGCUGGCAGCUGUCGUUAAGACCUUUCCAACAGUUCCAGAAGGAAAUACAGAUCACAGGCCGCAAGCAAUACAAACUGUUCAGCAUUGUCUGGAAAGCAUGAUUCCAGACCCCAAGUGGCUCAGUCAGAAGUACAAAUUCCAAUCUGUGUCAGAUGAUCAGAGCAAACUCGCCGCGGGCGUCAUCACUUUACAAAGCCAGGUGUGCAGGUACCUUUCGCAGAUCGUCAACUAUAUGCAGGCAUACGCCCGGGACAAGAGCUCUUCGAAGCUUCGGACGAGAGGAACAGCAGGAUUGCAACAACUGCUGGACAAAGAUCCUCGGGUCAUCUCCGAAGGACAUGUCAUCAACAUGAUCCCAUCACUUAGAGACAGUUCACCGAUGGUCCGAGAGGCGACGCUUUCGCUCCUGUCGAACUGCUUGGCCAAAGAACCAUCUCUCGAGCGCCAUGUGCUGCCACAAAUUCUGGAGAUGACCACAGAUCCCUCAAACGGCCCCAAGAAAAAGGCCAUCAAGCUACUCAAAGAGAUCUAUCUCCGCUCCACUUCAAAUGAUAAUAGGCUCAAGAUUGCCGCUCCUCUACUCCUCCCUUCGCAGGAUAGUGAGAGUGCAAUUUCCGAGCUGGGUCGCAACGUCCUCGAGGAGAUAUGGUUGACGGCAGCUAAUAACAAUGUCAAGACCGACGACAGUAUGCACAGGCUCAACCGUGCUCAACGAGCAGCCUUCAUGGUAGAACUCUUGGACUCUAUCGAGCAAAGCGCUGUACAUUUGGAAGCUUUCGAGAAGUUUUUCGCUCAUUGUCUGUCACCUGAAGCGAAGGGUCCGGCUUCUAACCGAAAGAUUUGCGCACAGCUGGUUGUCGACUUGGUAGACGAAGCCAUUGCUCCCGGAAGCGGUACGGAUAUCAAGUCUCAAGCUCGCGUUAUGAACACCCUUAGUGUUUUCGCGAAGAUCGAACCGACCCUGUUCACGCUCGACCAUCUGCGGCAUCUGAAGCUAUACAUCAAGACCAUCGCCACCAUGGAUGACGUGGCCCUCGUGCGGCCAACGGUCGUUAUAUUUCGGCAUGUGUUGCCGACACUUCCCCCACUUCAGCAUGCUUUCGCAGAAGAAAUUCGAGCAAGUCUUCAGCGCAACGUUCCUAAACUGGCUAAAUGUGCAUCGAUGGGAUGGCCUACAAGUAGAGAAACUCUUCUUGACGUCAUUCACUGCUUGUGGGCUAUCAGCGAGAUGCCGGGCAUGGAUACUGACAAGAUUUUUGCCACAAUCUGCUCUGUCAUAUGCAACCUUAGGCCACUUUUGGACUUAACCAAAGAGCAGGCAGCCCAGAAGGCUGAUACCAUCAUGUCCUAUCUAAUUCUGAUUGGUGCUUUUGGUCAAGUUUGCAGCCUGGAUCAACAGGUCGAAUCGUUCAACAACAAGCUCCGCGCGUCCCUUAACAAGCACGACGGAAAAGAAUCUCUGAAGAAGCACCUGGAGCCGAUGUUGAACCAGAAGAAUCCACCUCCCCCAUCUCUAUUCCUAUUAGACACGGUCCGACCUUUCACCAUGCAGAUUUGGGAGCCGAAGAUUCGCGAGCAAGCCCUGCAGAGUAUGGGUGGCAUAUGCCAGCAGUCGCCAGAGCACUUCAUGCGCAGUGAAGUGGAGAAGGUGGUCAAGCUUGUCUUUGUUAACGAAGGAAACGACACCCUGAAGCACAUCGCACUGUUAUUCUUCAGGCAAUUCUUCACUGUCGCUGAGCGGCGCUCGGAAACUGGUGCGCAAAUUGCAACCGGCAAAGGAGCUGCUAAUGGCUCGGCGCGCUUGGAAACGUCUUUUACGGCUACCGGAAACGAUCAUGCCACGCUGCAUCUGGCGCAGAAGUUCUUAGAAUAUUUCGUGAAAGCUGCAUUGGAGAACAAAAAUGAGUCUGCCGUCGUUGCCACAGAUAUCAUCGCUAGCAUCAGUCGCCAAGGUCUUGUUCAUCCAAAGGAGUGUGGUGCUGCGCUUGUCGCUCUUGCGACCUCGCCUUGGUCAAGCCUGGCUCGAGUUGCAGCCGACGAACAUAGACGCAUUCACGAGAAGCAAGAGUCGUAUCUGGAAAAGGAGUACAUGCAGGCCAUCCACAUGGCUUUCAAGUAUCAACUAAACAUGUUCGCUGAUCCUCAUGGCAUGGUCGAAGCUACACACACUCCGAAGCUCGCGAAGUUGUUUGAGGCAUUGAAGACGGGCAAGAAAGCCAGUCUCAAAAAGUUCAUCAAUAACUUUUGCAAACAAGUGGACUUCGACUUUUCAAAGCUGGAUAUGAGUGGCACUAUACCGGAGGCUGUCUUGUACGCGCGCUUCUGUCUGGAGAAUCUGGCUUUGCUCGACUUCCCUCACCUGGAAGAGCUUGCUGUGUUCCUUCAUGCAGUUGAAGCGAUGGUCCUGAACACCACAGGGCCCGCUAUAGGAGUUAUCAUCGCGGAUGAACUUCCAAAGCAAGACGCGAAUUCAGUGCAAGCUCAGCCUCAAGAUAUGUUCCAACAACAAAUGUUGGAAGCUAGUGGUGCAAACGGAUUUCCAUCAAUGCUACCAGCGGCAGUUCCGACAGCACCUCAACCUGCUACUCCAACAAUCAGCAACGACAGACUUCGUCAGAUCACCGCAGCUUGUAUGAUCCUGCAGAUGGUGUGGGAAACUCGCACUUUUGUUCGAAAAUGCUACUCCAUGAAGAGCAACGCGCCCAUUCCGCAAAAGGAUCACAUCAAGCCUGCGCAUCGUAACAACCUCGUCACUGGCAAGGAAAUUUGGGAACGCUUCGAAACGAUCAUGCGCGCUCUAGAUAGCCGCGAGAGCAUGGUGAAACAAUGUUAUGACUUUGCAGAUUUACUGGAUGUUGAUCGCGAGACCUUCAUUGACGUCGAAGGAGACGAUGCACUUGGUGCAGGGUAUGAGACCCCAACCGAGACUGGCGAAGACGGUACGCCAUUCCCUACCAGUGGUCGUGGCAGGAAGAGGAAGAGCAAUGUCAGCUUAGGCAACACACCAAAGAAGGCAAGGGGCAGGCCUGCUGGAUCCAAGAAGAAGAGGAAUUCUCGCACACCGGAUGGCGACGGCGACUCAGACUAG